AUGCGCGCUGCCUCCGCCGGCGUCAUCCCCGCUCCUGAUGCUCCAUCACUCCGCGCGCAGAUGUGCACCUGUGCUGCACGUGAUCUGGUGGCUUGCCCGCCGUCCCGCCGUCCAUCUACGGCACUGCACGUGAUCACUGCUCAGCAUCGCGCGCGCGCAGGCGACAUCCACGCCAAUGUGCGUCAUAGCUGUGAUUCCAGGCAUGAGACACUUAUCGGGUUGCGCAGGGCAAGAAUCAUCCGUGAGCCAAAGGGGACGGUGUGGGUCGCAGGCGAGCAUGCAAAUCAAAUCGAAGAGUGGCGGCAUACGGUUCUCACGAAGCUGGCAUGCUUCCGAGAACUGCAGGCGGUGAACAUGCCUGCAGCCGCCGCUAUCAUUGAGGAGGCUGAAGCCCGACGCGUCCGUUCAGCUUCAAGCCCUCGGCCUGAGCACAUCAAGCUAUGGAUGCCGAGCGAGAUGCCCUCAUUGUUGGGUCCAGCGCGGGGUUGUGUGGCCAGGUUGUGUGACAUGGAGACGAAGCUGCGGGUGGCGCAGUGCGAGAACUCACUCACACUGGUUCGGGCACGUCUGCAUGCAAAGAGGCACCUGAUCAGCUUCCGAAAUGCGAACGUGACUGGCCAGAACCAGUCAACAAAGGCACGGACACUGAUUAGCGAAGUCGGGGAGAAGGUGACAGCAAGCGCCAACCAAUAUCAAAGGGGACGGCAGGCUCUGGUGGAGGCCGGCCGCUUGGAAAAGUUCCAGCAUCUGCAAGAGCUCAAGGAUGAGCACCUGCAGAUGAGUGGUGCAGCUAUGGAGACGGACACAGAAAGGACAGAUGCUUGGACAGCAAAGAAGAUUGGGGCGCUCGGAGCAGGGCGCGUGCCGAGGCAGGACCACGGAUUGUUGAAGCAGGUGAUAUCAUGGAUCUGGACCGUGCCCGGAGCUUUGGACAACGAGGAGAAAGAUCUGCAUGACUCAAUACACGUGGAAUGGGGUCGGGCGCUGGCGCGUCGCGAUAGGUGGACCAAGGAGGUCUUGCUGCUGAAGGAGGAGAUGCGUCGGGUGUGUGCUUAUCUGGAAUGGCAGGCUGAUUGGUGGAAGACGAAGUCGUCGGGGCGGGUGAGCUCUUCACGUGAGGUAGACGCAGGUGCGCGGGCAUUCACAUUGAAGCAGGCGGUGUAGCACACGAAGUUACGCACCUUUUUGCUGAACAGGUGGCGAGGCAACAUCGGGGAAGCAAAC